CUUAAGUUUCCUCUGUCAGCCUCAUGAGGAGGCUCGGGAAAGUCGUCAAAAAUGAUAAAAGUAUUGAGUAUUAAGACUUUUUCGACGAAGUCCGCGGUGUAUAAAAUGAGGGGGAAUUAAAGGCAAUUCAAACCCUGAACGAUGCGGGUAAAACGGAGCGGGCAGUGAUUUUGUGGAGCCAGUGCUAGCUGACCAGGGCUGGGUCCCGUCACCGCCACAGAACAGGCGGCUCGCCAAGAUGUCUACGGAGGAGCAGGAGUUUCCCGAGGCGGUGCUGGUGACAGAGGCCGGGCCGCAGUGGCUCCGGGUCGAGGUGGAGCGCCUGGCCCGGGAGCUCCGCGACACCACCCGGGAGAAGAUCCAGGCGGCGGAGUACGGGCUGGCGGUGCUGGAGGAGAAGCAGCAGCUCAAGCUGCGGCUGGACGAGCUGGAGGCGGAAUACGAGGCGGUGAGACACGAGCUGGACCAGCUCAAGGAGGCUUUUGGCCAAGCUCACACUACCCACAGAAAGGUUGCGGCUGAUGGCGAAAGCAGGGAAGAGUCGUUGAUGCUCGAGUCUGCCAGUAAGGAGGCCUCCUACACGCAGAAGGUCCUGGAGUUGCAGAACGAUCUCCGACAGGCCAAAGCGUCCCUCUCUAGCGCACAAGCGGAAAAUGAUCGCCUGUCAUCCAUUGCCCUUGAAAUAAGAGAGAAUUCAGAGCUGGCAGAGCUGCAGCGCAGUCAGCUGCGAGAUGACAUCAGAGAGUAUAAAGUUCGGGAGACUCGACUGCUGCAGGACUACAGUGAGCUGGAGGAGGAGAACAUUUCUCUCCAGAAGCAGGUGUCUGUGCUGAAACAGGACCAGGUGGAAUUUGAAGUUCUAAAGCAUGAGACCCGGCGUCUGGAGGAAGACUCCCAGUAUCUGCACAGCCAGCUGGAAGAAGCCAUGCGUUUGAGAGAAAUCGCUGAGAAACAGCUGACCGAGGCUUUAGAGACCAUAAAGACGGAGCGCGAGCAGAAGGCCUCGCUGCGCAAAGAGCUCUCCCACUACAUGACCAUCGGUGGCUCCGUGUACAGCAGCUCUUUCAAUUUCUCUAUUGAUAACCCCAAACUCCACGAGGAUCCCUCCACCAUCACCGAACCUGACAACGAUGAUCUGAUCAGAGGAUUUGAGAAUGGCUUGGUCAAGACGGCUGACGGCGAUGACGACAACAGAACGGCAGCAAAAAAUAGAGGAGAGACCUUCAAGCCAGCACCCAGCCUGGUGGACGACCUGCUGAGUGAGCUCAACAUCUCAGAGAUACAGAAACUCAAACAGCAGCUUUCACAGGUUGAACGGGAAAAAGUGGCCUUGAUGAGCUCCUUGCAAGAGAACCAGAAGCAGCUGGAACAGGCUUAUGGCACAGUUUCCGAGCAAAAGGAAACUGUCAACAGGCUAACUGAAAAUCUCAGCGCAAUGAGGAAACUUCAAGCGAGUAAGGAGCGCCAGUCCGCUCUCGACACAGAGAAAGACAGAGACAGCCAUGAUGAUGGAGACUAUUACGAGCUGGACAUCAAUGGACCUGAGAUCCUGCAGUGUAAAUACACCGUGGCUCUGUCUGAAGCUGGUGAGUUGAGGCAGGAGCUGAAAAUUGUGAGGGCUCAGUAUGAAGAGUGUCGAACACAGUAUGAAGAUGAGCGAGCGCGGUUGGACAGCGACGUCCAGGACUUGAGGUCAAAGUUGUUGUCCUUGGAGAAGAUCAGUCAAGCAGAUAAAUUUGAGAUGUGUCGUCUGGAGAAGGAGCUUCGUCUGGCCAGUGAGGCUGCGGGAGAAUCACUUGGCAGUUUGAAUGUGGCUCAGGAUGAACUUAUAGCUUUCAGUGAAGAGCUGGCCAAUCUGUAUAACCACGUGUGCAUGUGCAACAAUGAGACCCCAAACCGUGUCAUGCUCGACUACUACAAAGACGGCAAGGCCAUGGUCAGAAAGGUACAAGAGGGGAAGGACCAGUCAGUACUUCUCACCAGUGGGUUGAUCAGUGAGACCGAAACGGGAAAGUCAGAUUCCAGCACCCCAGCGGUUGCUGCAGCACCAGAGCACCGCCCAGAGCCCAUGAACAUUUACAACCUCGUGGCUAUAAUCAGGGACCAGAUUCGUCACCUGCAGCAGGCCGUAGACCGCACAACAGAGCUGUCGCGCCAGAGACUUGCUAAUCUUGAGCUGAGCACGGUGGCGGACAAAGACAAAGAAGCCUGCAUGGAAGAGAUUCUCAAACUGAAAUCUCUGCUCAGCACCAAAAGGGAACAAAUUGCCACUCUUAGAGCCGUACUCAAGGCCAACAAACAGACGGCGGAGGUCGCCCUGACUAACCUGAAGAGUAAGUACGAAAGUGAGAAGGGCAUGGUGACUGAGACGAUAAUGAAACUCCGCAAUGAGCUCAAGGCUCUGAAAGAGGAUGCAGCCACAUUCUCCUCGCUUAGAGCCAUGUUUGCAACAAGAUGUGACGAGUAUGUGACCCAGCUGGAUGACAUGCAGAGGCAGUUGUCUGCUGCCGAGGAUGAGAAGAAGACCCUGAAUUCUUUGUUGCGCAUGGCCAUCCAGCAGAAGCUGGCUCUAACUCAGCGCCUGGAAGAUUUGGAGUUCGACCAUGAGCAGGCGCGCCGCAGCAGUGCCACGGCAGUGGGAGGCAAGGCCAAAACAAAGGGCAAAGGAGCCUCUUCAAACCAUCAUUGAACCUUACAAGUGUCCUUAAGGAAGUCCAUCAGCGUGUGUGUGUGUGACAGUUAAGUCACCCACACUCCAUGUUUCAUCAUAUUGAUCAUGAUCUAAAUCACUUUACUUCAAAGACAAUAGCACAGCCUGCAGUAUUUGCCAAGAGCCUUGUUUAAGAGUGCCAAAACAAAUAUGCAACAGUCUAACAAAUAGAGCAAAAAGAACUCGACGCUUCAGCUGUCCUUUGGUCUUCCAGCAACAUGCAUCACUGUGUCAACGCAACGAGACGAAGAAUAAAGAUCAUGGAUUUGCUGACUUUUGUUUGUUUUUACUUAUUUGCUCCUGUUUGGUUCCUAAUUUUCAUCUGUAGUUAUGCUUGGCUCAAUUAUUAUUCAGUGUUUUUUUGUUGUUUUUUUUUUUUGAAUGAAUGAAUGAGCAUGCUUAUGUGCCACUUUCUUGGUCAAAUGUUCCAGUUGUAUCAAUAUAGUUUAUUUUUUGCCAGUAAAGUUGGAGGUUACAUUGCUGUUACACUUAAAAAAAAAAAAAAAAGACGAUUUUUUUGUUUCUCUGUGUCUGUAGCUCUUUUGCCUCUGAUUUAAAACGGCUUCUUUUGGCAGACGAAGAAAACAAAGAAUAUCUCCAGUAAAUUAAAUGUAAAAGAAGUAAUAUAAUGUAUGAUAUCAGUCACUGAUCCUGUAGAUGUGGAGCUUCAGAUUCAGGGUGUUGACUAAAACGUUGGUGCUGUCUAGAAUUGGAAGAGCUGUUACAAACUCACGUAAGCUUGUUAUGACUGAAGAUGAAUAUUGCAAUGCAAACUUAUUUAAAGAUUUAUAAGUUAAUGCCUGAUGUUAAUAGUAUUCAUAAACUUUAUUCUUAAAGGAGUUUUAUGGAAUUUUUUUAAUGCAACAUUUUUUUUAACCUUGAAGUCCUGAAGUUAUAUUUCUGCAGUGCCAAUGUGUGUAUUGUUUAUGUAAGUGCAAUUUAAAACAGUAAAGUAAAACUGAAGUAUUGUCAGUGCGAUGUGAAAACCUUUUACUUGUUGCUCACGGUCUUGGUCUGAAUAAUUUGACAUGUUUUUACUAGCAUAUGUAUUUAUUUGUUUCUGUCCUGGCAUGCAGAUUCAUCGUUAGCAGUUUGAAUUAUCUGCCUGAUCACAAUUUACUGCAGACUGAACUAUGGUUAAAAACACUAGCAGCAUUCAUAUCUGUUGUCAUCGGUAAAUAAAUGCAUCUAACUUUCACAA